AUGGUGGACCCCACAUCUUCAACACCCUCUCCACCAACACAACAAAUCAACAACAUUCUCGAUGCGCUUAUAGGUGCAACCGACUUCAGCGCCUGGGUCUCCAUCCUCUCCUCCGCCAACGGCACCCUCCUUCCGCUCAGCGCCACCCUCUUCAUCCCACGCGACGCCGCCCUCGACAGUCCUCCGCCGGAUCCCCUCCUACUCCCCUAUCACGUCGUCCCCCAGCGCCUCCCCUUUUCCGACCUCCUCCUCCUGCCCCGCCGCGCCCGCCUCCCUACCCUCCUCGCCGCCAAAACCAUCUCCGUCACCGACAACUCCCCCGCCAACUUCUCCCUCGACCACACUCCCCUCACCCACCCCGACCUCUUCUCCACCCCUUCCCUCGCCGUCCACGGCGUCCAGUCCUUCCUCGACUACUCUCUCUUCGGCGACGGCCUCCCGCCCUCGCCUCCUCCCCCCGCUGGCCACUCCGUCGACUCCUUCUGGAACUCAGGCGCGUCCUCCUCCGGCUCCCGCCUCAACGGCGUCGUUAUGCUACCCCUCUUCUCCUUCGUUCUUCCACUGCUACUAUGCCAAGGUUUUUCAAUCUAUCGAUUUCAAGAAUAUUCAAGAAAUUGA